AUGACGUCACGAGAGGGGCGGGGCCUGUCGGUGACGCGCGCGGCGGGGGCGGGGAGGGGGCGGGGCCAGCCGGGUCACGUGGGGGCGGCCGCCGAGCGGCGCGUGCGGCGGCGGGACGGGACAGCACCGGCUCUGCCCCACAUGAAGUUGGCCCUGGGGGCGCUGGCGCUGGUGUCGGUGACGCUGACGCUGCAGGGCCUGGGCCGGCGCCUGCUCUCCAUGGCCUCCUCCCCCCCCCGUGACCCCCCCCGUGACCCCCCCGCUGACCCCUACGACCCCGGCUCCGUCUCCGCCGCCUUCGUCACGUGCCCCAAUGAGACCGUGGCCAAGGAGCUGGCCAGGGCCAUGGUGGAGCAGAAGUUGGCGGCUUGUGUGAACGUCCUGCCCCACGUGACCUCCAUUUACACCUGGAAGGGGAAGCUGGAGGAGGACAAUGAGGUCCUGCUGAUGAUCAAGACCCGGAGCUCCCGCAUCCCAGCAUUGACCCAGUUCAUCCGGUCAAUGCAUCCCUAUGAGGUGGCCGAGGUGGUGGCCGUGCCGGUGGCACAGGGGAACCCCCCCUACCUGCAAUGGGUGCAGGAGAGUGUCCCCCCCUGACCCCCCCAUAGUGGGAAUGGGCUCCCCCAAGUUGAAGGGAUGGGGGCCCUCAAGAGCCCCUAAAUGAGGGGGGCCUUAAUAAGGGGGUCCUUAAUAGGGGGGGUUCUUAAU